AGCUCUUCCUUGCGGUUGUGCCACAUUGAUUCACCUCUUCCAAACCCCUCUCUCUCUCUGUUCAACUGACACGCCGGAAAAAAUGGCCGCCGCAGCACCACCGCCCCCACCAACGCCAGCACCGACUCCAAACAUGAUGCCGCCGGAGGACCACCCUGUGGGCCACCCAUUGUUCGCCCGAAUCCGGCAAGCCACCCGGUCGGACGUUUCCCAUAUUCACAAGCUCAUCCACCAGAUGGCCGUCUUCGAGCGCCUCACCCAUCUCUUCUCCGCCACCGAGGCCUCCCUCUCCGCAACCCUCUUCGACGACCCCAACAACCCCUUCACCAUCCUCCUCCUCGAGGUCUCCCCAAACCCCUUCCCAACCACCCCCAUAACCCAGACCUUCAACUUAGACCACCCAAUCAUCGACUCGGAGUCUGAACUCUUCCGAUCGGCGGGGGACGACGUCGUGGUGGCCGGAUUCGUGCUCUUCUUCCCGAACUACUCGACGUUCCUAGCGAAGCCGGGGCUGUACAUCGAGGACCUGUUCGUGAGGGAAUGUUACAGGCGGCGGGGGUUCGGGAAGAUGCUUCUGGCGGCCGUGGCAAGCAGGGCGGCGAAGAUGGGGUACGGGAGGGUGGAGUGGGUGGUGCUGGACUGGAACGUGAACGCCAUCAAGUUCUACGAGGAAAUGGGGGCUCAGAUCUUGCAGGAAUGGAGGAUUUGUAGGCUUACCGGGGAGGCUCUUCAGGCGUACGCUGCUCACAGCAAUUAGGGCUUUUAUUCUUCUGCUUAUUUAUCUUGGUUGGAUUGAGGAUAACUUGCGCCAAAUGAAAUGAUUUGCGGUAUCAUUAGGGUUAGGGUUUGAGAUGGAUGAUGAUAAUGAUUAUGAAGCUUCUGCUUUCUUAUGUGUAAUCCAACGUUUGAAUCGACCCUUUCAAUUGCUGCCAA